AUGCACGCGCCAGCUAUCACCGAGCACAUGACGUGCCCACCCUUCCAGCGUGGGCCCAAGGGCGCGUGGGCCAACGGGCCGCCAGGCGAGUCGGCAUCCAUCAAGGCGCUCAAGGCCGAGCUCAGUGCCCUACGCGCCCAGGUCGGAGGAGGUGGUGGAUCAGUGCAACGUCCAGCGACGCAGCCCCAGCCGCCUCAGUCAGACUUCACCUUCGGGCAAGUUGUGCAGUUCCCCAAGGCUUACAAGAUUGAGGACACUGUCAUCACAACGGUGCAGCAGAAGCAGAUUGCAGAGCAGGAAGCCAAGCCAACAACUGCCAUUGCUGUCCAACACAGGGUUGAGAACUCGAAGAGGAAGGUGGAGCGCCUGAAGCAGAAGGUGCUCAGCUUCACGCAGCAGCGCGGCGAGCUGGACAAGGCCAUCACGGAGGCCGAGCACCAGCUCACGGAGGCGCGCUCGGAGCUGGAGCGGAACAUCAAGGUGUCGCAUCGAGUGCACCUUGAGCAGGCGGCUGACCCGCUCGAGCUCGGCUUCGCAGGUCUCACGGCCUCAGUCAAGGACUCGGCCGACGGGCGCCAGGCCCUUGAAGUGCUGCGCAGGUUGCAGGAAGCGGCCGCCAAGAAGGCCGCCGAUGAGCAGGCAGCAGCGCCUGCUCAAGCCAAUUCCUCUGCUGCUCCAGCUGGCGCUGGCGCUCCUGAUGCUGGCGUCGCAGGCGGGGGCCCACAAGCUGGCGCAGCAAUUGGGGCGACUGGGGCAGCUGGAUAUUCCAAGAUGGAAGAAGACGACUUUGACGACUCGGAGUCCCACGAUAGCCUCAAGCGCCUCUACGAGCGCGGCGCAGAGAAGGACGCCGCGCCCUGGGACUACAACGUGAUCGACGCGGAGUGGUCCUGCGGCUUCGCGGUGCCCGCGCGGCAGGCUCGCCCUCAGAUGUCUCUGAGCGGCGGCAUGAGCAGGCGUUAUGGCAUUUGCUCCUUCACUGGUACCGUCUGCGUCUUCAUCGAGUACUUCGGCUCCCGAAGGCACGCGCUGCCCAGUUCCGUCAGCUCGACUGAAAGCCGUCUCGCAUCGGACAUCGAGGCGGUCAACGUGUCUGGUGCGAUGUUGCAGGAGCGCCGCUGUGAGUUUCAGGGCGUGGCUGCCAAGGGCGUUUAUGCUGGUCACUUUCAGGUCGCGAGCGGAGGCUGCGCGGCGGUAGCGUCAAUUGAUGGGCCUCCCGAGCCAGCGCCCUCGAAGCCCAAGGGGGGCGCCAAGUCGCUCACCAUUCUCGGCGUGAGCGCGAACGCCUGGAGCACCGCUGAGAUGGUGGUGGAGUGGCUCAUGGACCGCGGCAUUCGGCACGGCGGGUUGGACGUGGUCCCAGAUGCGCUCAGUGCGCAGGAGAUUAGGCUGAAGAACCCGGACAAGGUGGCUACCAGCAUCCUCAUCCCGACGGUGGUUGACCUGGUCCGCGGCAAGAUGUCCCCGCUGACGGGCAAGCAGGUGUCCGUCGUGGCCGCGGGGGGCAUCUUCGACGGCCGUGGCCUCGCGAUGGCGCUGUCGCUGGGCGCGGACGCCGUGUGGGUCGGCACCCGAUUCGUGGCCUCCGCGGAGGGCGGCGCGCCGAGGGCGCACAAGGAGGCCGUGGUCGCGGCCGGGGUGCACGACACGCACCGGUGCGAGGCUUUCAGCGGGAGGCCGCUGCGGGUCAUCAAGACGAAGUACUCCGAGAAGUGGCUCGGCAGCCGGCUGGGCGAGAUGAGGGAGCUGCUCGCCAAGGGGACGGUGCCCGUCGAGGCGGACUUCGCGAGGUGGCAGAGCGCGGAAGGCGACGAGGAGGAGCAGAAGAGGUUGGCGCAGCAGUUCGGCAUGGACAGCUUCGGCACCCAGAUUGCCUCGCAGGUGCACCUGUGCGGCCAGGGCUCCGACGUGCCCCGCGCAACCGCCAUGGCAGCAGGCCGCACGUCGAUCACGGCUCCAGGGCUGCCCCUCGCCAAGCCCGUGGCAUGCCCGCCGCACUCUGCCAUGCGAGGCAAGUAG